AGCGGUUUUUGUGGAAGUGGUUCUAAACAGCUAAUCGAUCCUGUAUAACAAUGUAGGAUGUUUUAACGCGUUUAGCACGGCAAUUGUAGCUGUGAUUGUAUAUUUCGCACAAGUAAUGUUUUUCGUGGACCGUAAUAUUCCUCGACGCAGUUCGGAAUCCGCGACCGCCGAUCGUCGCGAUAGUUUUCACACCUCCAGUAACGGACGAAAGUGGUUUACAGAAGUCGAUCAUGAACUGUUGCCUGGCCAGGUGCAGGGAUUUGAAAUUAAUCGCGUUAUUGCACAUCGUGUGACGCUGCACAAGGAGAUCUUCCUGUUGAAUAGUACUGCUCACGGGAAAGUUCUGGUUUUCGAUGGCUUGACCCAGGGCACCGAAAAUGAUGGAUUCGCUUACUACGAAAUGUGUAGUCAUGUCCCGCUUUGCUGUCAUCCAGAACCAAAAAGAGUUUUGGUGAUGGGCGGUUUGGAUUGCUCCGGACUGGGCAUCGAGAUCCUGAAACAUCCAUCCGUUGAGCGGAUUGUCCACUGUGAGGAGGACUCGGAAAUGAUUGACUUUCUGAAAGUCCACUUUACGCAGAAGGGCUUCAACCACAACAGCAACAAGUACGAAUACUAUCCCAUGGAAGCCAAGGAGUACUUGCGCGGUCACAAUGAGGAGUUUGAUGUUAUCAUUACGGAUUUCGAACUGCCAUCGCCGGAUACUGAAGGAUUUUUCGGGGAUUCUUUCUUCGAGCUGGUGAAAACUGCCCUGAAACCUGACGGUGUGACGAUCACACAAAGUUGGGGAAUCUGGGUGGAGUUGCGGCCUCCUACGAUGAUGCUGAAGGAAAACAUGCGAUGGGCCAGGAAUCUCUUCGAUUCCGUGGAUUACUACACACUAGCGGCACCGUCGUUCACUUGCGGACAAGCUGGUAACAUUAUCUGCUCAAAAGAAUUGAAUCGCCAGUUUAAGGCUCCUGUGAGAGCGUUGGCCGAGACUACCAUCAAGGAAUGGAAGCUGCGUUAUUACAACCCGGACAUCCAUACAGCUUCUUUUGCACUGCCGCAGUUUGCUAAGGAUUUGUUGUUUUCUACGGAGACGUCACGACGGUUCACAAUGUGAUUGGUUAUUCCGGUUCGCGAUGUUAACUUCGGACUCUUGCUUUAAUUAUACUGUUAGUGUUUACUGUCUACAAUUGCAAGCAGAAUAUGCACUAAACGGCCACUUUUACCAAUGGCGCAAAGAAGUGGUUUUCAGUUCCGUUAUUUUUUCCUGCUGACCAGUAGUUACUGGUUUCAUUACAUAAAUGAACUGAAAACUGAUGUUAGAAACUUGGAACUGAAUUGUGAAAAUGAGAUGAUCCAAUCGAUUGACCGGACUUACUAGUAAUUACAAAAUCAAUAACAAUUGGACUAACCGA